AACAAGAAAAAAUAAAAAUAUCUGGCACCAUGUCCUCCGCUUCCGCCACCGCCACCGCCGCCGCCGCCGCCGUCGUGGAGCGUCAGACAUACUGGUGUCACGACUGUGACAUGAGCGUCUCUCUCCUCUCCUCCACGACCGCCACUUUCAUCUGUCCUCACUGCCACAGCGACUUUCUCGAAGAAAUGGACCCCAACCCUAAUCCUAAUCCUAAUCCUUCGUCUCCAUCUUUCCUGAACCCCAUUCUCUUUCCUCAUCAAGAACUGUCCCCCACCACCGCGGCCUUCACUUUCUCCUCGGCAACCGCUUCCGACGACAACUUUCUGCUCAACAGCCCUUACCUCCACCGCCUCAUCCACCACCUCUCCAACUCCGAAACCAACGAAUUCAACCAUGUUCCUCCUCCUCCUUCUCACCAAUCUCCGACCUCCAAAUCUGCAAUUGGGAAAAUACCCACCAUUAUAAUCACCAACGCAUUGCUGGAGACCGAUCCGAUACUCCUCUGUGCGGUCUGUAAAGACCAGUUUCUGAUCGAUAAUGAAGUGAGAGAGUUGCCGUGUAAACAUUUGUAUCACUCGGAUUGCAUUUUGCCGUGGCUUGAGGGUCAUAAUUCGUGUCCAGUGUGUAGGUUGAGGUUGCCGACGGAUAGUGAUGAGGGUUCGAGGGAGAGGAGGAGGAGAGAGAGGUUUGGGGGGAUGAGAAUGGAGGGUUAUGAGGAUAUGUUUGAGGCUUGGAAUUCUUACAGACACGUUGCUAGGAGGCAGAGAGUGGUGGUUCCGGUGGAGCGAAGAAAUAGCAGUGGGGUGGAGGAAGAGGAGGAGUUUCUGUCGCCGACGCAGAUUGGGGAGGCGGAAAUGGGGGUUGUGGAGAGGUCUAAUAGUGUGGAAACUGUAUCAAGCUGGCCUGUUGGAGAUGGGGUUGGUGGAAGUGGAAGCGAAAUUGGAGAUGGAGAGAUUGGUGUGAGUGGUAGGGUGAAUGAUAAUGGAGGAAGUACAUUUGAAGUUGGGCUUUGAUAAACUCUUUUGGUAAAUUGAGGUAUUACCCUACUGAAGCCUCUGCUCAUUUGUCCAUUCGAAGUACCCUAUCAUUUCAUCGCCCAGUCAGUGCCGAUCAUUACCUGCCAGCUUGAGAAUUCUGGUCUUGUUUGUUUGCUAUUGCUAAUGAAGUGUGAUGACUUUGUACUGUUUGUGCUAAUAAUGUUGACGGAGCUAUCAAUCCAAGAUGUUGACUUCAACAUUGGAUGAAUUUCACUCUGCACCGAAGGAGUAAUUUAGCUAAUAACAGUUAUAAAUUUAGAUGUUGUUGAGUUUAAAUUUAGGUAAUUUUUUAUUUACGAAGGAUUUAUCUCUUAUGAAUAUCUUAAUUAUAGCGCAUUUGUCCGGAUUGGG